AUGUCCCAUGAAGCCACCGUUGAAGAAAUUGACAUAUUCGACCGAUAUUCCAGCUACACUCACCUUCUACGAGUGAUAGCGCUUUUGUUACGAUUUAUAGAUAAUUGCAAAGCUAUGAAAUUAAAGCUUGAAAUGUCAAAGUCGUUUUUAACAACAAAUGAACUACAGCGGGCGCAUAACGCUUUGGUUAGGAAAGCUCAAACAGCAUCAUGUGCGCCGGAAUUACGAAGCAUACGUCAGGGUAAGCAAUUGCUAGUUUCACACAAAUUAGCCAUGCUAUCCCCUUUCAUUGAUGGCGAUGACGUGUUACGAGUUGGGGGAAGAAUCACGAAUGCAGAUGUAAACUACGAUCAGAAGCAUCCUAUUAUUCUCAACAAGGAUCAUCAGUUGACAAAGCUUAUCAUAAAUGAUUAUCACGUGAGAAAUUUGCAUGCUGGAAACCGGCAACUUCAUUACUUACUGGGUAUUCGCUACUGGAUUCCCCGCGUUACGAUUGCCGUCAAGCGCUGUAUUUAUAAGUGUACUGUCUGUAUGAGACAGCGUGGCAUUCCAUACCAGCAACAAAUGGGUAACAUCCCUCGUCCACGAUUGAAUCCAGGCAGCACGUUUCUGAAUACUGGAGUGGAUUUCGCAGGGCCAAUCCAGCUCCGUUCAUGGAAGGGUCGUGGCUCUCGACUGUACAAAUGUUGGAUUGCGCUUUUUGUGUGCCUCGCUACGAAAGGCGUUCACAUUGAAUUGGUCACCGAACAAUCUACCGCUGCUUUUAUAGCCGUCUUACGUCGUUUUAUCGCCAGGCGCGGAAAACCCAUGCACAUCUAUUCCGAUAAUGGAACCAAUUUUGUAGGGGCUGAUCAGCAACUGCGAGAAAUUCACCAAUUGCUUCAGUCAUCUACAACACAAGAUGGUAUCACACGUGAACUCGCUGACCAGCAUAUUCAGUGGCACUUCUCGCCUCCGUCUGGACCGCACUUUGGUGGCAUCUGGGAAGCUGGUGUGAAAUCGAUGAAACACCACUUGAAGCGCACGCUAGCUGAUACUUCAGUCACCUACGAAGAAUUGCAAACGGUGUUAUGUCANAUUAUGCGUUAA